AAACCGUGAGAUGACCCUGUCUGGAGGCAGCGAAAGAGCCAGCGACAUGUCCGGCCAAACUGUGCUCACAGCGGAGGACGUGGAUAUCGACGUGGUCGGCGAGGGAGACGAGGAGGGCAUGGAGAGGGUGGACAGCGACUGCGACAGCCCGGGGGGAGGCAUCCUGCACGACCUCCGAGGAGAAGCAGGGGACGAGGAGGUGGAAGAUGAGAUCGAAGUGGAGAAGGAGGAGAUGAGGUCGGGUGGAGGGAGUCCGUGCUGCGAGAGCUCCGGGGAGGGAGAGACUGGCACCGGUAAAGGAGAGGGUCACGACGGGAGCGCAGCGCCGGGAGGUGCGAUCCAGAAGCCCAAAAGCAGCUUGGUAAAGCCGCCCUAUUCCUACAUCGCCCUCAUCACCAUGGCCAUCCUCCAGAGCCCACAGAAAAAACUCACCCUCAGCGGGAUCUGUGAGUUCAUCAGCAAUCGUUUCCCGUAUUACCGGGAGAAGUUCCCGGCAUGGCAAAACUCCAUCCGCCACAACUUGUCCCUCAACGACUGCUUCGUGAAAAUCCCGCGGGAACCUGGUAACCCAGGCAAGGGCAACUACUGGACUCUGGACCCAGCUUCAGAGGACAUGUUCGACAACGGCAGCUUCCUCAGGAGGAGGAAAAGGUUCAAGAGAGUUCAGCCGGACGUGCUGAGGGACCAGACUGCGCUCAUGAUGCAAAGUUUCGGUGCGUACAGCCUUGGGGGGCCCUACGGGAGGCACUACGGGAUCCACCCGGCUGCAUACUCCCAUCCGGCGGCUUUGCAGUACCCCUAUAUUCCCCCUGUAGGUCCCAUGCUGCCCCCGGGCGUCCCUCUCCUGCCCUCGGCGGAGCUGAACAGAAAAGCGUUCAACUCCCAGCUGAGCCCGAGCCUUCAACUUCAGCUCAACAGUCUGAGCACGGCGUCCAUGAUCAAAUCAGAGCCGUCCAACAGACCGUCUUUCAGUAUAGAGAACAUCAUCGGGGUCUCCAGCGCCUCCUCGUCCUCGCCGGGCGCCGCUCAGGCUUUCCUGCGGCCUCCGGUGACGGUUCAGUCGGCCCUGCUGAGCGCGCAGUCCCUCUCUCUGACCCGGACCUCAGCCGCUAUCGCUCCCAUCCUCAGUGUACCGUCAAAUAUUAUUUCUGGACAUGUUUUACCCUCAGCGACGGCGGCGGCAGUGUCCAAAUGGCCUUCACAGUGACUUAAAAACUAGAAAAAAUAAACUCUUAUUUUUAUAUAGAGACAUUAUUACUGGUGGAAGUGUGAAGAGCACAAAUCAAUAGGCAGCACUGGACUCUGUAGCCAUGUAAAGACUGUUGAAACACUGAGAAAAAGAGAAAAAGGAGAUAUUUCUGUACAGGUAAUAUUUGUAAAUAUUUGUAAAAAAGAAUGAUUUUACCUGUUUGACUUCUACCUGUCUUUUUUUUCUUUUGUUCUUGUUUGAGAUCUGUGAUAAUUAUUUUACAUUUUCUUUUUGUACUGGAAGCUCAAUGGACCCAUUUUUGGCUUCCUUUUCAUACAAGACACAAAAAGCUCUG